UUACUGCUGCUGCAAUUUUCAGAGAUGCAUGCCUGACUCCCCAUCAAGCUUUUACUUGAUGGCUCUGUAAUUUGCCACCACCUUACUUUCAAAUUUAUAGUUGCUCUAGUUAAAUUAAAUGUAAAUUGUUUGGAAUAAUUUUGUAUGCUUGUUAAAGAUUCUACUUGAAGUGUAAAAAUUUUUGGGAACCCAAAAGAAUAGUGAAUCAUUGUAUUAACUCUUCAUAAAAAAAUCAAUGGAUAAACAAUUCAUUUUUGCACACAGUAUUGUGUUUGAAAACAAAUAAAGCUAGGGCAUAUUCCUGCUGGUGAGAAUUGUUAUGUAAAUAAGAUCAGCAAAAGUCUGCUACUCCAUUUGUACACUAGAGUUAGGUUUUCUAAAGGUAAAGUUGUUCUCCAUAAAAUAAAUCCUAAACUUGGAACCAGUUUACCUGCCAAAAAAAAGAAUUCUAAGUUCAUUCAGUGACCUUUACCUUUCCAUAAACAAAUGUUUAGCUAGUAAAAAUAGAAGUUCUGCUUAGAAUCGUCUUUUGGGUGAAAUAAUCAAGAUGAAUUAGACUCUUAUAUUGAAUUAUGUUCUGCAUUUUUUGUUUACAUUGAGUGAAAAAAGUUAAGAGAUUUCAGUAACUGAGAUAAGUAUUUUAAUAAGGCCCAUUACUAACAUUCAGUUUUUCUUAAAUGAAGUCGCACUUUUUGUCAGUCUUAAAUUAUUUGAAGUUACUGCUGGGUCCUCUUUUUUCAGUUAAAAAUUCUCAUAUUUUUAACUGAUUUAUUUUUAUCAUGUGCCAGGACACAUACAGAGCUGUUUUAAAGCAUUAUUUUCAUACCUAACUUAAAUAAACUGACUCUGACUUCAACUUCAAAAUAUUUGAGAGAUUUUUAUCUACACCUCCUUUAUUUGUCCUUUACUUGCCAGAGCCUGCCCAAUACUAUUUUUGUCUUUGCCUGAGUCACACUUGAAUUUAUUCCAUGUCUUCUGCUUUGCUUUAGACAGAGCUAUGCAUUUAAAGUAAUUCCAUUAAUAGAAUUCACAGACAACUUGUAGCUGUACUGAAUUCUGUUUUAAGUGUUCUCUUACCCAUUUCCAAAUGUGACCAGUGUUACAGAACAAGUGAGACUGUUGCUGCCUGUUGCCAGCGCACUGGCAAAGUUCUGCAUUCUUCUCAUGCUCUUCUCAUCCAUGCUAGAUACCUGGAGAAACUUCUAAGAGAGGGAGGAAGCUCCUUCCCAAUACACCUAUGUUGUGUGAUCAUAGUCCAUGGGUUCUAGUUCUAGGAAACAUAAUUAAUGUUGAAUUAUUUGCUGGAGAAAGACCAUGUGAAUAAUUGAAUAGAUGGACAUCUGACUAUCCAUUUUUGUUAAUAUGAUGGGAUGAAGACUUAAAAUGCACAUAAGCACUUAUGCAUAAAUAGGAGGUAGGAGGACCAGGAUCUCCCAUCUGUCAUACCUCGACAAAAUUAGUUCCUGCUCCUCACUUGUGUGAUUUCCACUGACUUCCCAGUAAAGUAGCUUUGUUCUGUGUCCAUAAGGUCUGGAUGUGUAUGCUUGCUGUGCAGAUCAUCUGUGUACCAUUGCAUGGAUGAUAAGCAGAAUUUACCUUUCUUACACUAUAAUCUGAGUUAAAAGACUAACAAAUAGUAACUGUAAACCAUCCUUCAUGUCAGUCAGCCCUAUGGAAGAGUUUCAUAUUGUUACACAAAAUGCACAGCCACAUCCUAGACAGUGGAGAAGUCUUGGCUAUCUUUGGUCUUGCCUUUCUGAGUAGAUUGAAUGAUGUGUGUGGGAGAGGAGUUGCAAGUGCUGUAGCCAGGUAUCUGUAUUUUGAAAGGGAAGAUGAAUGAAAGUGGAAAUUUAAAGGAUCUGAAAUCUGCUUUUCACUGAACAAGAAUUAGAAUGGGUAACCCCGUGGAUACACAAUGUAAUUGGGAAAUUAACUUUGCAUAUUAAUAAUUUUGCAAUCUAUUAAGGGUUGUGCCUUUAUUACUAGUGUAAGUAGGACUUGAACUUGAUUUCAGUUUGCCAGCCUUUUACUUAAGGGCUGCUUUUCCCAUACCCAUGUCAGAUUUGUAAACUCAAAGAUUUGGCUGCAGAUUCUUAGUAGUUUCUUCAUUUGAAGAACUUAAUGAAAAAGGAAAUACCUGGCUGUUCCAGUUUAACAAGUGUCAGAGAGGGAGAUUAAAUUACCCACUUCUAGAAGUCAUCAGCAAUACUGAUGCAUGGUUCAAAACCAGGUGCUAGGCACAUUAAGGUUAAUUUGCCAUAAAGUGGUUUGUGAAGUGUAUGAGGUACUAUUUUUCUUUUGCAAAAAUUCUCAGGGGAAAGGGGUGAGGGGUGUGUGAGGAGGCAUACAAAAUCUUUGACUAAUGAAUUACUAUGAAUUAUCUUGCUUCUGUGGUACCUCAGUGCCCUGGGCAGUAGGAUUCUUUGGGUUCAGGUACUUACCUGCACAACAAACUGUGUAUAAAGAUUGGGCUGGGGGGAAGCACUUCACGAAGGUAUUGCAGAAUCACAGAAUCGGUCAGGUUGGAAGGGAAGACAGCAGGUUAUGUGGUCCAGCCUCCCUGCUCGAGCAGUCAUCCUAGAGCACAUCGCACAGGAUCGUGUCCAGACAGUUCUUGAGCAUCUCCAGUGGGGGAGACUUCACAACCUCUCUGGACAAUUGUGGCAGUGCUUGGUCACCCGCACAGCAAAGAACUUCCUCGUGUUCAGGUGGAGCUUCCAGUGCAUCAGUUUGUGCCCACUGCCUCUUGUCCUACUGCUCGCGAACCACGGAGAAAAGCCUGCUUCCAUCGUGCUUCCCGUCCCCCCAUGAGAUACUUGUACAGAAGUGGGGACUGCUCAGGUGCGAGUGGCUGGCACGGAGGGGCGCGCAGCCCGGGGGAUUGACAUGCCCCGUGCGGCCGCCGCUCCCUCCGUGCGGCCCGGCCGGACCGGGCACCGCGCUGCCCGCGGCGGCGGCGCUUGCGCGCGGGCGGGGCGCGGCGGGGCCGGUGACGCGCUGCGGUGCGGGCAGGUCCUGCCGCCGCCGCAUGAGCACGGCGGGGGCGCAGCGCGGAGCCGCCCCGCCGCCCGGCGCCCCCGCCUCAGCGCCGCGGGGGUUUCAAGAGAGUUUACACCUGAAGGGUACUUGGACAAAGCUAGGACACCUCUUAACUUGAGUCAAGCUGGAAUUCUGGUGAAAAGCAGAAGCAUUUUCUUCCUGGCUGCUGGGAACAGAUUCUGCAUUCAGGCUGUCAGAGAUGGUGAUUUGAAGAAUCAUAUUUCCGAUAUGAACAAAGCAAAAAUACCAUCUGAAAAAAGUGUUCCUGCCAAUUCUCGGACUUCAUCCCUACUGUCACAGCUGGAGAAGAUCAAUGUGGGCUGUGUAUCAGGAGAAUCAGACAAUGCCAGAUAUGUUACCUCAAAGAUCCUUCAUAUGGUCCAGAGUCAAGAAAAAACCAGGAAAGAGAUUACAUCUAAGGGCUCUACUGGAAUAGAUGUUAUUCUGUCAACCCUAGAGAAUACAAGAGAUCUUCAAACUAUUCUAAAUAUAUUGAAUAUUCUCAUUGAGGUAGUCUCUGUUGGUGGUGGUCGGAGAGCAGGUGUCGUAGUCACCAAAGGAGGGACACAGAUCUUGUUACAGCUGCUUUUGACUGCCAGCAAAGACUCUCCACCAAAUGAAGAACUAAUGGUGCUUCUUCAUACCCUUCUUGCAAAAAUUGGUCAAAAAGACAAGAAGAUUGGCAUGAAAGCAAGAAUAAGCGGUGUCCUGAGCACAUCGUUGAAUUUAGUGAAGCAUAAUUUACAGAACCACAGGCUAGUAUUGCCAUGUCUUCAAGUAUUAAGAGUUUAUUCAACCAGCUCUGUAAAUGCAGUAUCUCUGGGAAAGAAUGGAGUAGUAGAACUGCUGUUUAAGAUCAUUGGUCCUUUUAGUAAAAAGAACACUAGCCUUAUGAAGGUUGCUUUAGACACACUUGCUGCAUUGCUAAAAUCAAAAACGAAUGCCAGGAGAGCAGUAGACAGAGGAUAUGUGCAGGUGCUUUUGACAAUUUACGUUGAUUGGCACCGUCACGAUGGUCGACACAGAUACAUGCUGAUACGUAAAGGGGUGUUACAGUGCAUUAAAAGUGUUACAAACAUCAAACUGGGAAGAAAAGCAUUUCUUGAUGCCAAUGGGAUGAAAAUUCUUUACAACACUUCACAGGAGUGCCUUGCAGUAAGAACUCUUGAUCCUCUCGUCAAUACAUCCAGCCUAAUAAUGAGAAAAUGUUUUCCCAAAAAUCGUCUUCCUUUACCAACUAUUAAAAGUGCUUUCCAUUUCCAACUCCCAGUUAUUCCUGCCAGUGGUCCUGUGGCUCAGCUGUACAGUUUGCCUCCUGAUGUGGAUGAUGUAGUAGAUGAAAGUGAUGAUAAUGAUGAUGCUGAAAUAGAAACCGAAACAGAAGCUGAAACUGAAAUAGAUGAUGACAAGGACCAACAUUUUAAGAAUGAUGAUAUUGAGACUGAUAUUAAUAAACUGAAACCUAGACGGGAAUUGGGAAGACCCAUGGAAGAACUGAAAAUGUAUGAGCAAUUUUUCCCAGAACUUUCAGAAAACUUUCAGGAAUUGGACUUGGUUUCCAAGAAACCAAAGCCUUCUGCACCUGAUGCAAAUAUGAGUGGACCUAUUGUUGUUCCUACAGCCGGUGAGGAGAACUCUGCAGAAGCAAAUCCAUCAACAAAAGGAGUUGCUUUAAAGGUGUGCAGUCCUUUACUGGCAGAGGGAUACAAUAGAAGGCCAGUGUUUCUGGGACUACCAAAGAAAGAUAACGUCAAAGACAGUAAUUUACAUCAGCAAAAUGAUCAAAAAAACAUGCUUCCAUCAAGCCAGUGUCUAAGCCAAGAAAUUGUGAAAGGCUUGGACAGAAUCAGUCUCCAAAACAAUGAAAAAAGUGAUCAAUAUUAUGGUACAGGGUGUGUAGUAAAGAAGGAAAGCAAAGCUAGCCCUACCACACUUGCUUGUAGUAAAUCCUGUGAUCAUGUUUCACCCUGUGGAGGUAGUCUCUUUGAAGGACCAUCUGUCCAGCUGGGAAAACUCUGCUGCACUGGAGUGGAUUCAGAGGAGGAGGGAGAUUCCAGUUCAUCAGGAGAACAUGUCAUGCUUCAAGUUUCUGAUGUAUCACCAGUUCAUGAUUGUGAUCUUUAUCUUGAAAUAGUGAAGAGCACAAAGUCUAUUCCAGAAUACUCAGAAGUGGCCUAUCCAGAUUAUUUUGGCCAUAUUCCACCCCCAUUUAAGGAACCUAUUCUGGAAAGGCCAUAUGGGGUGCAGAGGACAAAAAUCUGUCAAGAUAUUGAAAGGCUGAUUUAUCAAAAUGACAUUAUAGAUAGAGUUGUGUAUGACCUUGAUAAUUUGAGUUGUUCUGUACCAGAGGAGGCAGAUGUUUUGAAGUUUAAUUCCAAAUUUGAAUCUGGAAACCUGCGCAAAGUUAUUCAGAUCAGAAAAAAUGAGUAUGAUCUAAUUUUGAACUCAGAUAUAAAUAGCAAUCAUUAUCAUCAGUGGUUUUACUUUGAAGUCAGUGGAAUGAAAACUGGCGUUGGUUACCGGUUUAACAUCAUCAAUUGUGAAAAGUCGAACAGUCAGUUCAACUAUGGUAUGCAGCCCCUCAUGUAUUCUGUUCAGGAAGCACUGCAUUCUCGACCAUGUUGGACUCGUGUUGGGACAGAUAUUUGUUACUACAAGAAUCAUUUUUCAAGAAGUUCAAUUGCUGCUGGGGGCCAGAAAGGAAAAUCCUAUUACACAAUUACAUUCACAGUGACUUUCCGACAUAAAGAUGAUGUGUGCUACUUUGCUUACCAUUAUCCAUAUACAUACACAACUUUAAAGAUGCAUCUUAAGAAGCUGGAAUCUAUGCACAACCCUCAACAGAUAUAUUUUCGGCAAGAUGUUCUCUGUGAGACCCUGGCUGGCAACAGCUGUCCAUUAGUCACUAUUACAGCUAUGCCAGAGUCCAAUUACUAUGAACAUAUCUGUCAGUUUAGGAAUCGUCCUUAUAUAUUCCUGUCUGCUCGUGUGCAUCCUGGAGAGACUAAUGCAAGCUGGGUUAUGAAGGGAACACUGGAAUACCUUAUGAGCAAUAGUCCAAAUGCGCAAUGUUUACGGGAAUCUUAUAUUUUCAAAAUUAUUCCCAUGCUCAAUCCAGAUGGCGUCAUCAAUGGAAACCACCGUUGCUCUUUAAGUGGAGAAGAUUUAAACAGACAGUGGCAAAAUCCAAAUCCAGACCUGCAUCCCACUAUUUACCAUGCUAAAGGGUUGCUGCAAUAUCUGGCUGCUAUAAAUCGUUUGCCUUUGGUCUACUGUGAUUAUCAUGGUCAUUCUCGUAAAAAGAAUGUAUUUAUGUAUGGCUGCAGCAUCAAAGAGACAAUGUGGCAUACAAAUGUUAAUGCUGCCACUUGUGGCCUUACAGAAGACCCUGGUUACAGGGUACUCCCCAGGAUCCUGAGCCAGACUGCCCCCGCGUUCUGUAUGGGCAGCUGCAGCUUUGUAGUGGAAAAGUCCAAGGAAUCUACAGCACGAGUUGUUGUCUGGAGAGAAAUAGGAGUACAAAGGAGCUACACAAUGGAAAGCACUUUAUGUGGAUGUGACCAGGGCAAGUAUAAAGGGUUGCAGAUAGGUACAAGAGAACUGGAGGAGAUGGGAGCAAAGUUCUGUGUUGGCUUGCUGCAUUUAAAAGGAAUGUCCUCACCUUUGGAAUACAGUCUGUCUUCUAGUCUGUUGGAUAUUGAAAAUGAGCUGAUUGAGUCAAGCUGUAAAGUGACAAGCCCCACUACAUACGUUUUGGAUGAAGAUGAGCCUCGCUUCCUUGAAGAAGUUGAUUACAGCGCAGAGAGUAAUGAUGAUCAAGAUGUUGAAUUAGCUGAUAAUACGGGUGAUUAUGAGGCAUCUAAUCAAGAUGACAGACUUUCAGACUCAGAUUCAGCAAGGAUACUCCUUUCUUGAACCAGCUUUGCUGCCAGUAACAAAAUAAAGUAUCCUGGAUUUCCAGUUAAAUACUUCCUUGCUGUUUUCUACAAAGGGGAUAAGCUUCAGUUAACAUAAAUAACUGGGGCCUGCAUAGCUCAAGGACAGUAAAUAUUUCUGAUAAAUUUGCAUUUGUUUUAUUUAAGGAGUUAUGUGUAUUUGUCAAACCCUAAAUAGAUAAAUUUAUUUACCAGUUCAUUUUCUACUAAAGAUACUGCAUGGCAUUUUGUGUCCUUAAGCCCUAUCCUCAGAAAAAUGGAUUAUAAUUUUUAGUGUGUCAGUACAGAAACUAAUUUUUUGUGGUACAGUUCUUUGAGUUGCUUCCUGAAAGGUACAUGUGUACAGAUUUUCUAAAUUAAUUUGUGUAUGUCUGUGUAUAUGCGCGUGUGUGUACUGAGGUGAAGAGGUUAUUUUUCAACAUUAUUUCAAUGAUACUUGAUUGUGUUUGAAGCAAUGUAGUGCCUGCUCUGAAACUGUUGUAUUUCACUAAUUUGGUUUAUAUUGCACUGAGAAAAAUGGUUUGUUCUGAAACUCUGUGAAAUUGGUUCAGCCCUCCCUCAGUCCCUCCCCACUGGUGCAACCCCACUGACUGCAGCUCGGUUUCCCUUCCCUGACCUGAGAUUUGAAAUUCCCCACCACUCCUUUGUUCUUCCUCUCUUUUCCCUGGACCCCAUUCAGGAAUAAACCUUUGAUUACCCAGGAAAAGGAGACUGCUUUGGUCUUUCGCUUUGUCCAUGCUGAAUCCCCUCCAUCUCUAGAACUAGCCAGAGGAAAGGAGUGUGGGGGGAUCUCGACAUGAAACCAUUCAAUAAUUACUGAAUUAAAAAUGAGAACAUGAUGUAUGAUUUUUUGGACUUGUUUCUUGCUUCUUAUGAUUAUGUGGUUUUGCCACAGUAAAGUGAAAAUUCUUACUAAUGUCUGUUCAGAGUUCAGGAAUUUUGCACAGUGAGCUAUGUAGCCUGUGCUUAGAAGAGCUAGACUCUUGUAAAAAACUCAUCCAUAAAAUAGGCAUGAUUUAAUUUGAGGAAGUUUUCUUGUUAAGUGUACAUGUCUCCAGGAAGAGGUCAGGUUUGUACACUCCAUGUAUAUUCAGCUACACAGCUGCUCCUUUUUUCUUCUUGAAUAUGCACAUAUUUUAAAAAGGUUCACUUUACUGGAGGCCGUGAGAAGGAGAUGGGACUGUAACUUCCUGAGGUCUCUUCAGGCUGAAUAAUUAUUCUGUGGUUUUGUAUUCUUCAUGUUUAAAGUCAAGCUGCCAGGUAUGGGAUUUACAUGUUUUCAUCUUCUCCUAUCGUCUUCUAAUUCUUAUUUCCUCUUCCCUCUGCUUAAAAUAGGAUCUAAUAGACAAAUGAAGAGAGGUUGUAGUCCAUGAUUUACAGAAUUGACAUGUUUUGCAAUGAAAAGUAUUUUUCAAAAAUUACUUUUACUUCAUGUGACCCAAUUGGCGCAUUCAUUUUUCCUCUGCAUGCACAAGGACUUUAAGAACAUGAAGAAUAACAUUUUAACUGAUGAGGAUUUUCUGUAUGUUGGUUCAUCCAAAUAAAACUGUAUUUUGGAGGGGAAGGGAGUCUUCUGUAGAGGGAUUAAAAAAGAAUAAAAUUUAUGAGAAUUAAUUGUAUCAGUGAUUUUAGCCAGGAGAUGGAUUUGCACCAGGAUCUGUUCUUUCAAAUUCAGCAUUGUUUCGUAAUGCCUGUCCAUACUGCCCUGAUUCUGAAAUUGGGAAAGGGGUUUUGAUCCCUGUUAUAUGUGACUGUCUUUUUGUUCAAAGGCUUAAAUUUGUAUUAAUAAACAUGCAGAGAGAUGUAGGGAUGGAAAACAUGGAAAAGUUGGAAACAUCUAGAGUCUUGUUCCUUUAUAAGUUUUUCUCUGUACUGAAAAUUAUCUUUCCUUAUGUUCUGUGAACUA